AUGCAGCAAAAGCCAGGAGCCGGGUUUACAAGAAUCCAUCCUGUGUGCAGGGAACAUUCCUGGAAAACAAGGUGCCGGGACUUUCUGGUCAUUGACAGUCGCUUGCAGGCUACAUCGGUGGUGACAGAAAUCUAUGUGGGCGGCGUCUGCCAACCUGCUGCCGGGAUCAAAGCUGGUCCCACGUGUGUCUGGCCUGUGGGCAGCCGGACCGACACGAUGUGGCGGCUCCGCUGCAAGGCCAAGGAUGGCACCCAUGUUUUGCAGGGGUUGUCCAGCCGGACCCGGAUGCGGGAACUCCAGGGCCAAAUUGCCGCCAUCACCGGGAUCGCCCCCGGCUGUCAGCGAAUCCUCGUAGGAUACCCGCCCGAGUGCCUGGACCUCAGCAACGGGGAUACCAUUCUGGGGGAUUUGCCCAUUCAGUCAGGCGACAUGCUGAUUGUUGAAGAAGACCAAACCAGGCCCAAAAUGUCACCUGCAUUCACAAAACAUGGUGCUCCUAGUUACAUCAGGGAAACUUUGCCUGUGCUUGCCAGAGCGGUGGUCCCAGCAGACAACUCUUGCCUCUUUACCAGUGUGUACUAUGUCGUUGAAGGAGGAGUCUUGAAUCCAGCUUGUGCCCCUGAGAUGAGACACCUCAUAGCACAAAUUGUAGCAAGUGAUCCAGACUUCUAUAGCAAGGCAAUACUGGGAAAAACAAAUCAAGAGUACUGUGACUGGAUCAAAAGGGAUGAUACUUGGGGUGGAGCUAUUGAGAUAUCCAUUUUGUCUAAGUUUUAUCAAUGCGAAAUAUGUGUGGUGGAUACACAGACAGUACGAAUUGAUCGUUUUGGGGAAGAUGCAGGAUAUACCAAAAGGGUCCUGCUUAUUUAUGAUGGCAUCCACUAUGAUCCGCUUCAGCGUGUCUUCCCCAACCCAGACACCCCUCCUCUGACCAUUUUCUCCUCUAAUGAUGAUAUUGUUCUUGUGCAAGCACUGGAAUUAGCAGAUGAAGCUAGAAGCAAGAGACAAUUUACUGAUGUAAACCGCUUCACCCUGAGAUGCAUGGUAUGUCAGAAGGGAUUAACUGGACACGCAGAAGCAAGGGACCAUGCCAAGGAGACAGGCCAUACCAACUUCGGAGAAGUGUGAUCCAUGCAUAAUGAGGAUUGACGCCUACUACCUCACAGAUCCAGAAGGUUCUGGGUUUUCCAAUAAGCUAUUCGUAACCCUAAAGAACAAAAGGACACAAUGCUUGAACCAUCCUUUUAACCUAAAGCCACUAAGACACUGCAUUCCUUGUUAAGAUUAAAAUUAGUGUGCAAGUUUACAGAUAUGUGUCUACAGUGGUGAUACAUGCCCUCUUUCUGCUGGGGUGACAGUAUAGGUGGUCCUUGCUACCUACUGACACUAACCUGAAGAUAGAGUUUUAGUAUUAUAAACUAGCACCCAGCAGCAUUAACUUGUAGAAGAAAACAACUUCAUAUUUUGGGUAAUGCGAAAGGCCUCAGGUGAGGCCACCGGACAUAAACCACAGUGUCUCCGGUAAUUGAGUCCUUUUAAAAACUGAGUUAAUAGUUUCUAAAUUAUAAAUUGAUUCCUCAAGUGAAGAUACUCAGAAUUGUCAAAACUGAUUUAUAUUGCAACUUGGUAGACUUUAUAAAUGUGUACUUCACCAGUUAUAAGUACAUAACAAGCAAUUUUUACAGGGUUGAGUCUAUUCCUUGAGAACGUUACCUAACAACAAGAACUGAUAGUGCCCAGUUAAGGAUUUCUAGUGUUAUAAAAGUAGAAUGUGUGAGGGAGGAGGUGCCUGAGCAGAUUACUGAAGCUUUAAAAGACCGUUGGCCUCAUGUUUUAAUGCAACUCAUUUAUUCAUCUUUGUCGCAUUGGAUAAAACUUUAACAUUCAGCAGGAUAUUUUUUUUAAUUGUAGUUCCUUGAAAUUUGAAUGCUCUAUUUUUGCCUUUCUACCUAAGAUUUACCUGGAGGGAUUUGAUUUCCUCAGCUUUUUGUUAAGAGCACUUCCUCCGACUCCUAAGAAAACUUUUCAUCUAAAAUUAUAACGUGCUUUGGUUUGGUUUUUGUGAGAUCUUUGGCUACCUAAACAGAAUUUGUUUUCAUGCUAGCCUUAUCCCACCACUAAUGCUCUUUUAAAUGAUUUCAUGUGUCUGAAAAUUAGCGCUUCUAUCCACCAUCUUUUACCUUGACCUUUGCAUAGUUUUAAAGUAAUCGGGAUAAUAAUAUUGAAUGAAUUUGUUUCACUUACAAAAUAUGACAGUUUUUAAAUCUUUGCCUUAUUCAGCCUUCUCAGAAUUCUGCUUCAUACUGAUAUUAGAUGCGUAGCCAUUUGCUUGGUGGGCUAAUCCACAAGGCACGCCCUCUAAAAUUUAGCUUCACUAUGAGAUCUUCCAGAUAAAAGUUUUCUACCUCUUUUCUUAAUUCUUCUGACGAUC